AUGGUGUGCUGUGACGACUGUGGUCUGUGGUACCACUUUAAGUGCGUGGAUGUUGAUGAAGGAAUCGAGGAGAAGGAUUGGAGUUGUUCAGCAUGCAAAGCUGAAAGAGCAGCUCAGAACCCAUCAGGUGGAGAGAAUCAAACGUCGCAUAUCAACCAAAAGGAAAAUGAGCUACUCAAGGAGUUCCAGAAACGAAUGAAUCAGAUGCAGAUUAGGUUCGAUGAACAGCAGCAGGCGUACGAGAUGUUGCUUCUUGAGAAAGAUCGCGAGAUGCAGAAUGCGGUUAACGAUUUGCAGUACCAAUUCCAGCUUCGUAUGGAGAAAAGGGAGCAGCAGAUUCGAGAAGAGUUGAAUAUUCUAACCGUUGCUCCUCCACCGAAUGCAAAUUCAACAGCGCUAGAAGGAGAAAACAUAGCAGCUGGUGACGUGUGUAAGGCAUUCGAGCGGAUGGAAAAGCAGCUUGAAAAGAUGGUGAGAAAGCAAAAUCUCGAAACGAAGCGUAUUGAGGAUCGAUUGAGGGUGAUGGAAAAUAGCGUCAGAGAACCUGUCCCAACAAGGAAUGACGGAUUGAACGACUCUCAUGAACUCAGCAGAAGUCAACUUGCCGCAAGGCAUGCAGUGGCGAAGGAAUUGCCCACUUUCUCGGGUAAUCCUGAAGAGUGGCCUUUAUUUAUCGCCACUUAUGAGAGUACCACCAGAAUGUGCGGUUUCAGUGAGGAGGAAAAUCUACUUCGACUCCAACGCAGUUUGAGGGGGAAGGCUCUUGAUGCAGUGCGAAGUCGUUUGUUAUAUCCAGCAGGGCUCGACGGCGUCAUCAACACUCUACGUACGUUGUAUGGUCGGCCGGAAGUGAUCGUCAACUCGCUAGUAUGCAAGAUUCGGGAAAUGCCAGCACCAAAGACGGAGAAGCUUGGAACUCUGAUCGAUUUCGGUGUCGCAGUCCAGAAUAUGUGCGCUACGAUCGUAGCCUGUGGGUUGAACGAGCAUCUAUGCAACGUGGCACUUCUUCAAGAACUUGUCGAGAGACUGCCGCCAACUGUCAAGCUUGACUGGGCGAGACACCGUCAUGCACUGAACGCGGUUACGCUAUCGGACUUCAGUGAAUGGUUAGGAACUCUCGUGGAAGCUGCAUGCCCAGUAACGGUUCCGUCAUCAUUCUGCACCUACGUUGGCAAACCUGAGAAGCGUGUUCGAAAGGAGGAAGUACACGUACAUGUCGAGUCAAGGUAUAGUCUAGCGUCAGCGAAUCCUCCUAGGGAAACGCCGAAGCCAGCGAUCAAGCAGUGUGUCAUUUGUCACGGAGGAUGUAGCAGUGUGGGAUCGUGUAAGAAGUUUCAAGAACUGGACAUCGGAGCGCGAUGGGCAGCGCUGAAGCAGAACAAGUUGUGCCGGAAGUGUCUGGCGAAGCAUUUCGGAGCGUGUGCGGUAAAGCAAGCUUGCGGAAAAAAUGGUUGUUCAUACAUGCAUCAUGAGCUGUUACACGACGAUUCCAGAUAUCAGCAAAGAGAAACUUCUGGAGGAUCGACUCCUCAUGUUGAGGCACCAGUUGAAACCUGCAACACGCACGUAAGCAACGUCGGUAAGGUAUUGUUUCGAUACGUUCCAGUCCUCCUUCAUGGGCGUGGAAAAUCUGUUCGUACAUUUGCCUUUCUAGAUGAUGGCUCGUCGGCAACAUUGAUGGAACAUAGUUUGCUGAGUAAACUAGGUCUUGAGGGUGAACCGUAUCCAUUGUGUCUUGGAUGGACAGCCGACCAGCAACGUCAGGAAAUGAACUCCGUUAAACUGGCAUUGGAGAUAUCAGGAAUACACGAUACAAAGAUGCACUGGAUUCCCAAGGUACAUACCGUUGAAAGUCUCGCUUUACCACGGCAAGCUCUUGCGAUGGAAAAAUUGGCGUGUCGCUAUCAUCAUUUGAAGGACGUGCCGGCUGACUCAUAUCGCGAAGUCGCACCGAGGAUGCUGAUCGGAAUGGACAACUGUCGUUUGGGACACGCGUUAGACAGCAAAGAGGGGAAGAAGAACGAGCCGAUUGCUACCAGAACACGCAUGGGCUGGAUAGUAUUUGGACCCUGCGCUGUAACAACCCAAUCGGUGUCAGGCUUCACAGCAUAUCACAGUUUCAACGUGUGCCCGUGUUGUGAGCGUAACGAUGCGGAGCUGCAUAAAACGGUGAAAGAGUACUUCUCGCUGGACAACAUAGGAGCUGUGCGCCCUAUCAGGCCACUUCUAUCAAAGGAUGACGAGCGAGCGGAGCAGCUAUUGAUAUCGCUCACUCACGUUAAAGGUAAGCGGUACGAGACGGGAUUGCUUUGGCGGAACGAUGAUGUUCGGCUGCCAGACAGCAAGUCGAUGGCUAUGAGACGACUGAUUUGCUUGGAAAAGCGAAUGCAGCGGGACCCUGAACUGGCCGAAGCGCUGAAGGAAAAAAAUCGGGACUAUGAGCGAUCCGGAUACAUCGAGAAGCUGACAGAGAGCCAACUGGCCGAGAAAUUCCCACGCGUAUGGUAUCUGCCAAUUUUUCCGGUGGUUAAUCCGAAUAAACCAGGGAAGAUGCGCAUAGUUUGGGAUGCGGCUGCGAAGGUAGCGGGAGUCUCACUGAAUUCGUUCCUGCUCACUGGACCGGAUCUACUAACUUCUCUUUUGUCCGUGCUGUACCGUUUCCGGGAAUUCCGGAUUGCCAUUACUGGAGAUAUUCGGGAAAUGUUCCUGCAGGUGCUAAUGAACUGGAUCGACCAACAGUGUCUUAGGUUCCUGUGGUGGAACGGCGACACAGGCCGUAGUCCAGAUGUUUAUGUGAUGAAGGUCAUGACAUUUGGAGCAACGUGUUCACCUAGCUGUGCGCAGUAUGUCAAGAACCACAAUGCGCAACGUUUCCAGGAGCAGUUUCCGAGGGCAGCUGAGGCAACAGUCAAGGAACAUUACGUCGACGAUAUGCUCUCUAGCGUCGAGUCGGAAGAAGAGGCGAUAAAGUUGGCGAAAGAUGUCCGGGUUGUCCACGCAGAGGCGGGGUUCGAAAUUCGCAACUGGCUGUCGAACUCAAACCGAGUGCUGCGGGAGUUGGAAGCCAAGCCAGGCGAGAAAAGCUUGAAUCUGACCAGCGAGAUGGGGACGGAGAAAGUUCUUGGCUUGUGGUGGUGCACCGCUACCGACACCUUUACCUUCAAAGUAUCCCCAAGGAUUAACGCUGAUCUUCUUCAGGGUCAUAUCGUGCCAACAAAGAGGCAGAUCUUGAGUACACUGAUGAUGAUCUAUGACCCCCUAGGAUUGCUGGCGAACUUCCUGGUGUUCCUGAAAAUACUACUUCAGGAAAUUUGGCGCAGCGGUGUUAAUUGGGACGAACCAAUCAAGAGCGAACAGUGGGAGAAAUGGCAGACAUGGUUGCGAGUUUUGCCGCAAGUGGAGACUGUUAGCGUGCCCAGGUGUUACCGGAUGAAGACGGGCAUUGGAGAGCGAAAUGUGAUUCAGCUUCAUGUGUUCGUGGAUGCAUCUGAAAACGGGUUUGCUGCGGUUGCUUAUCUGCGGUUCGAGGAGCAAGGCAUAGUAGAAUGUGCACUAGUCGGCGCAAAGACAAAAGUUGCUCCGUUGCGAUUUGUAUCGAUUCCCAGACUGGAACUUCAGGCAGCAGUUAUCGGAGCACGACUGGCGAACAAGAUCAUGGAGUCACACAAGCUAACACCUGUGCAACGGUUCUUCUGGACAGAUGCACGCGACGUUCUUUGUUGGCUGAACUCCGAUCACCGGAAAUAUAACCAGUUCGUAGUGGUGCGGAUCAGUGAAAUGCAGGAGUUGACGGAACCAAAUGAAUGGAACUGGAUCCCGUCGAAACUAAACGUCGCGGACGAUGCCACGAAAUGGCAAAAGCUACCGGAUUUUGCUCCUACUAGUCGUUGGUUUCGUGGCCCUGAAUUCUUGUGGGGUCCGAAAGAGCAAUGGCCUAUUGCUGCGUCAAAAUUCGAUCAAACUAGAGAAGAAAAACGUCCGCGUGUGCUCCACCACUUCGUAGAACGCGCGUUGUUCAGGUGGGAGGACUUUUCCAGAUGGAAGCGUCUGCUGCGUCACGUGGCCUUCGUGAAACGAUAUCCAGCGAAUCUACGCAAGAGGAUAUCGAAGAAGCCGAUCGUAGCCGGUCCACUAACUCAAGAUGAGCUGAAGGAGGCGGAGUUUACCAUACUCAAGUUUGUUCAGGAUUCCGAGUUUGCAACGGAGUUACAAAUCAUGCAGAAACCGAAACCAAUGCCCUGGAAGAACAUGUUGCCGAAAAGUAGUUCACUGUACGAACUUAGCCCGUUUCUCGACGUUGAUGGAUUGCUGCAUAUGAGAGGUCGCAUAGACGCUUGCGAAUUUGUGGAAGAGUGUACGAAGCGUCCGAUAUUGUUACCCAAGCGUCAUCCAGUUACGGAUCUCAUCAUCGCCGAUAUUCACCAGCGGUAUUGCCACAUGAACCAUCAGACGGCGCUCAAUGAAAUCCGGCGUAGAUUCUACGUUCCUCAGCUUCGCUCAGCAUACAAUCGUGUACGAGCGAGAUGUCAGCUUUGUAAAAUCCGCAAGGCUAGGCCAGCUGUUCCUGAAAUGUCUGCUUUACCACCCAUGCGAUUGAAAGCGUUCUGCCGCCCGUUCUCAUAUAUCGGCAUUGAUUAUUUCGGGCCGAUGCACGUCGUUGUUGGUCGACGGUCCGAAAAGCGUUGGGGCGUGUUGAUUACUUGUCUCACCAUUCGAGCAAUACACCUCGAAGUUGCGCAUAGCCUUACAACGGAUUCGUGUAUCAUCGCAAUCAGAAACUUCAUCGCCAGAAGAGGUUCCCCUCUGGAGAUAUAUAGUGACCGCGGAACAAAUUUCGUCGGAACAAACCGAGAAUUGAUGAAGGCACUACAACGGGUUAACCAGAACAAGCUGAUGGAAUACUUCGUCACCCCGGACAUCAAAUGGUCGUUUAACCCACCCGCUUCUCCACACUUCGGUGGCGCAUGGGAACGCCUCGUUCAAUCAGUUAAGAAGGCCCUGAAGCACCUACAACUCACACGCACACCUACCGACGAGCUAUUGAGAAACAUGAUGGCGGAGAUUGAACUAAUCGUCAAUUCUCGACCACUGACUGAAUUGCCGCUAGAUGAUGAGCUAUCCUCACCGCUAACCCCGAAUCAUUUCUUACUCGGGUCGUCAAAUGGUUCCAAGCCCCCGAUCGCGUUCGAAGAUAGUAGUUACGCACUGAAGCAUACUUGGAAGAUGUCGCAGGUCUACGCAAACAGGUUCUGGAGACGUUGGAUAGCUGAAUACCUGCCAACUCUAACGCGAAGGACAAAGUGGUUUUGCCCAGCGAAGCCCAUCGAAGAAGGAGACGUCGUCGUGUUGGUGGAUGACACGCUUCCGAGGAACUGCUGGCCGAAAGGUCGGGUGGUUCACGCCAUUCGGUCCAAGGAUGGACAGGUUCGCCGUGCUCAGGUGCAAACGGCAACCGGAAUACUGGAGAGACCAACCGUCAAAAUCGCAGUGCUGGACAUCGGUGCGAUUGGAAGUACGUCGGAUCAGUGA